AUGGCCUCGCAGUAUUCGCCUUAUUGCGUGCCAUUAAACCCCAACUAUCUGCGCAAAAAUCGAAAAUUACGAGUUGUCUGCAUCGGCGCAGGUUUUGCCGGAAUCACCCUAGCAUUUAAAGUCGCGCACGAGUUGAAGCUUGAAGAUGUUAUCAGCUUUCAGAUUUACGAGAGGCAGAGUCACCCUGGAGGAACUUGGUUCGCAAAUCACUACCCUGGGCUCACCUGCGAUGUCCCUAUCCAUGUAUACACUCUCCCUUUUAAUCCAAAACAUGACUGGAAGAAUUUCCUCGCGACCGGGCCAGAAAUUGAGGAAUACAUCCUGGAAACCACCAAGAAAUUUGAUUUGGAAAGAUUUAUGCAGUUCAACACAAGGGUGAUUGAAGCUAAUUUUGUCGAAGCAAUCGGGAAAUGGAAUUUGACGGUUGAGUCGGAAGGCCUGAUUUCACAAGACCAGUGUGACAUCUUGAUCGGCGCUUCUGGAACGCAGAGGGACGAUUCAUUGGAUUGGAAAGGGAAGAAAGUUGGUGUGAUCGGCAAUGGCUCGUCGGGUAUUCAGGUGUUCCGCGCAAUGCAACCAGAUGCAGCUUCCAUCACGCACUACAUUCGCAAACCGACCUGGAUCUCGAUGAGCUAUGCUCACCAAUUUACGCCUGAAGGCAGGAAUUUCACAUACUCUCCGGAGCAGGUAGAAUCUUUUAAGAACCCCGAGAAUCUAUUCAAGUAUAGGAAGAUGAUUGAAAGCUUCAACAACGGCCUUUUCAUGCGACUAGUCUUCAAUGAAACUGGUAAGGAGGCUAAGCGGGGAUUUCGAGCCGAGCUCGAGCGCUGGAUGAGCGACCGCCUUCACGGGGACCCAGCACUGGUCAAUCGCCUGAAGCCUUCCUACCAGCCUUGGUGCCGCCGACUCACACCUGAAGAUAAAUAUCUAGAGGCUUUACAGGCUCCAAAUGCAGAACUCGUCGACUCAAAAAUAGAGACUGUCACCGAGGAUGGUAUUCGCAACUGCGACGGCUCAUUUCGCCCGUACGACAUCAUCAUUCUCGCCACAGGGUUUGUCAACAACCGCAUUCCACCAUGGACGAUGAGAGGUCGGGGUGGAGUCACACUCUCAGAAAGAUGGAAGGAUAAUGUGGACGGCUAUAUUAGUGUAUGUGCUCCUGACAUGCCGAAUUAUUUCAGUAUUGGCUGCGGACCCAAUUUCCCCAUCGCAAAUGGACCUGUUCUUUCUGCGAUGGGCUUCGUUUCUAAUUAUAUACUAAAAUGGAUUCUCAAAAUCUCAUCAGAGGACAUCAAAUCCGUGUGUGUCAAGACCGAACGCGUCGAGGCAUACAAUAUCUACCUGCAGGAGAUUCUCCGUCGUACAGCGUGGAAUGAAGACUGUGACUCUUGGUACAAGAAAGGCAAAAUUGACGAAUAUCGCACCGGUAUCACGGCAAUCUACCCUGGCAGUAUGAACCACUUCAGAGAAAUGCUCGGCGAGUUGCGUGGGGAAGACUUUGACUUCAUCUACAACACCAACAACCCUUUCAAUUUCAUCGGAAACGGUUUGACGAAGGUGGAUUUCGACGAGAAUGGGGAUCUCGCUGCGUAUCUGGCUGAUACGGUGAAGUUCGACCACUUCAACCCAUGA